AUGGACGAUUCUAUUAACCUUGUGACAGCACAAAUCACGUUUCUACCACUCUUCUGCAUACUAUUCAAUCUCGGAUAUGAGGAGGACGCCACCAAUAUACCUUGGACCGAUCGACACCACUUUCUCAACCUGAGCAUUACUCCUGUGGGCUGCUCGCUAAUGUGUUCCAAACCCUUGAUUGACAAGUACCUGGCGCCCUUGAUCGAUCAAUUCAACGCCCUUCUUAGCAACUCGACGGCAAAAGCUAAUGGUGUUGAGAUCAGUACUGAAGAGUACGUUGUUGUUCAGGUCGAAGGUGAAGGUCUCGAUGCAGACCAGAGAGUGCUUGAGUUGACUGGACCUUUGGCCAUGGCCGGAAUCUCUAUCUUCUUCAUCACAACAUACUUCAGUGACUACAUCCUGGUACCAGUCAAAGCAAGGCAUACUGUAGUGACCACGUUACAGCAGCGAGGCUUUGUUUUCUCCCCACAAGCAGAAGCAUAUGUAUCUCAGCUGUCGCCGAUAUUGCAUCAUCACAGCCCAGGAGGCCUCCAAGGAAGACCACGAACUAGUUCAUCUUCAGACUCUGAUGUGAGCCGUCCACCAUCGAGCUCGAGCCCUGCACCAACCACUCCACCUGCCAAGGAUAUCCCAGAACUCCAGAUACGGACUUUCACGAAGCUGAUAAAGAAUGGCAUAAGUCCUCUUGUCGAUCCGAAGCUGCGGCUGGUCAAUUGUGCCGGUAACAGGAACUCGAGUUUAGCUGAAGCACAAGAGCUGAAAGAGCAUCUCAUGCAGGUUCUUCUUGCCGCGAAUUUCCUUUCAUGUAAGAAAAGCAGCAAAGACUGCAAGCAUAGAGUCAAUCAUACAACACCAGGAUUGUUGAUUUCAGAUCUCGAUAACAACGAAUCUCAUGACAUCUCUGCAUCGUUUCUGUCCGUGACUCUUUCCAAUGAACCAAUUAGCAUCCUGAUGGAAGACCGACUUUUACCACAUUUCGGCUCCACACUUCUUGCCUCGAAAUCUCAGGAGGAUGUCCUUGUUCCGAUCACACUGGAUCUACGAAGCUUAGGAUGGCAAGCGACUGGUAUCGUAGGUGGUGUCGCAGGAAGACUAACACAGCGCACUGUUUCGCAUGAGCUUGGUGAAGUAUCAGAUGAUACUGACGCCAUUGAAAUCAGCUUCUUGUCUUCUGCAAAGGCGGGUAGCGUGAUAGUACAUGCAACGCAGCUGGAACGUGCCCUGAAAGCGCUCAAGAUAGGUAUGGAGGAAGUGCAAGCACGAAAUUGA